AUGGAAACAAAUCCUCUAUUAAAAUAUUGUCAAUCUCCGUAUGUUAUUAUUGGACUUGAUUUAAACAAAACUAAUUCUCUUAGUCAAUUGAACAAUGAAGAAUCAUUUGAGAUCAAACAAAUAUUUGAUAAUUUGGAUGAUUGUGAAGAUUUUAUAAAAAACCAAAUUAAUAAUGAUGAUAAAUUAAUCCUAAUUCUAAAUGAUAAUUUAUUAGAUGAACAAUUAAUAAAAAUAGAAAAUUAUUCUCAAAUCAAUGCAAUUUAUUUAUAUUCUCAAGAAGAAUUCAAAUGUAUUUAUAGAAAAAUCAAAAAGAAAAUAUUUAUUAAAUUAUUGAAAAAUUUUUGGUUUAUUUUAAGUUUAUUAAUUAGUUUACUAUUUGCUUAUUUAUUUCCUAAAUUAGGUUCAUCAGAUGGACCACUUCGUACUGAAUAUACUAUAAAAUGGGGUUGUGUUAUUCUUAUUUUCUUUUUAAGUGGUCUUUCAUUAUCAACAAAUAAUCUUCUGGAUCAAAUAUUCGAAAUUCGAUUACAUAUUUUAAUUCAAACAUUUUCUUUUCUAUUAUUUCCAUCUGUUAUUUAUGGUAUUUCAUUUUUACUUAUUAAAUUAUCUAUAAAUAAACUUUUAAUAAAUGGAAUUAUUGUCAUGUCUUGUACAUCGACAGCAAUUUCUACUAGUGUAAUUAUGACUAAAAAUGCAGGUGGAAAUGAAGGAAUAUCAUUACUCAAUGGAUUAAUUGGUAAUAUUCUUGGUAUAUUUAUUUCACCUGCAUUAAUUUAUUUAUUUAUGAAUAAUCCUUUAUUUGAAAUGGUUAAACAAAAACAUGAUAUUGAUAAUUAUAUUAAUGUUAUUUCUAAAUUAAGUUUAACUGUUUUAUUACCGUUGAUUAUUGGACAAAUAAUUCAUAGAAUUUGGAAAGAGAAAAUUUUAUGGGCAAAAAACAAAUUUUAUUUUACGGAAAUAAAUAGUUUCAUUUUAUUAAUUUUAGUUUGGUCAAUUCUUUGUAAUUUAUUUCAAAGUAAAUUAUUAUCAACAAUUAAUAAUAUAGAUUUAGUUAUUUUAAUUCUACUUAAUACAUUUAUUUAUUUUUUCUUUUCAUUUUUGUCUUUGUUUAUAUCGAGAUUACCAAAUUUAUUUAUUUGUCGCAAUCAAAAACAAAUUAAGUUUAUUCAACGUUGGAGAUUUUCUCAUGAAAAUACAAUUGCUUUUAUGUUUUCUAGUUCAACGAAAACAUUAGCACAAGGUAUUCCAUUGAUAACUUCGGUUUUUGCUAAUUCUAGCCAAGGUUUUAUUGGUAUAUUAACUAUUCCAUUGAUUCUUUAUUUUGUUCAACAAUUAAUAUUUGCUUCAAUUCAAGUUAUCUUUUUAAAACGUUGGAUUAAACAAUAUUAUUCGAAUAAGAACAAAUUAAUUAACUCGCCUAAUAUCGUUACCAAUAUUUAG